AUGGAUCAGGAAUCCAGAAACAACUUAGCUGAGACGUUCUGGUUCAGUGACACUCAGAGAUUGCUGUCAUUUGAAGGCUUGACUGCAGCUGGCCAGUCAAUGCUGGUUGUCAGUCAGGCUGUAUUUUCUCUUCCUGUGGAGCUCCCUAUUAAGCUGCUUGAGUGUCCUCAUGACAUGGCAGCUGGUUUCCAGAAUCUAGAGGAUGGCCCCAAACAAGCUAUGGUUAGUGAAGGGACAGAAGCCUUUACUACUGCUCGAAAUUUAUUGGCCUCUGGAGCUGAUGCUAUUGAAAGGAUUAUGUCUUCAUACAAAGAGAUCACUGAAUUAGCAGGCUAUACUGCUCGAGUGUACAAUAUGUUUUGGGUCUUUGAUGAAGUGAAAAGAGGCAUUUAUAAGAGAACUGCUGUCAUGCAAGAGUCUGAAAACCAUAGCAAGAAUGGAGCUAACAUAGAAUUAUCCCUCAGUGAUACAUUGGAAAUCAAAGGAAAAGUUAUUGAUGUGGAUCAUGGAAUUAUUUGUGAAAAUGUUCCCAUAAUUACACCAACGGGAGAAGUGGUGGCUUCCAGGCUAAACUUCAAAGUGCAGGAAGGAAUGCAUCUUUUGAUAACUGGUCCCAAUGGUUGUGGGAAAAGUUCUCUCUUCCGAAUUUUAAGUGGGCUCUGGCCUGUGUAUGAAGGAGUCCUCUAUAAACCACCUCCCCAGCAUAUGUUCUAUAUUCCACAAAGGCCAUACAUGUCUCUUGGAAGUCUUCGAGAUCAAGUCAUUUAUCCUGAUUCAGUGGAUGACAUGCAUGACAAAGGCUAUACAGACCACGAUCUGGAGUGUAUUCUACACAAUGUCCACCUCUAUCACAUAGUUCAAAGAGAAGGAGGAUGGGAUGCUGUUAUGGACUGGAAAGAUGUCCUGUCAGGAGGGGAAAAGCAAAGAAUGGGCAUGGCUCGCAUGUUUUACCACAGACCAAAGUAUGCCUUGCUGGAUGAAUGUACCAGUGCUGUCAGCAUUGAUGUUGAAGGAAAGAUAUUUCAGGCUGCAAAAGGGGCCGGAAUUUCCUUACUGUCUAUAACACACAGGCCUUCUCUUUGGAAAUACCACACUCAUUUAUUACAGUUUGAUGGUGAAGGAGGUUGGCGCUUUGAACAAUUGGAUACUGCUAUCCGUUUAACACUGAGUGAAGAAAAACAAAAGCUGGAAUCUCAGCUAGCUGGGAUUCCCAAAAUGCAGCAAAGACUCAAUGAACUAUGUAAAAUUUUGGGAGAAGACUCAGUGCUAAAAACAAUCAAAAAUGAAGAUGAGACAUCUUAA